CUUUUGCUGCGCAUGAACACAAAAAGUAGGAAAGUAGUGCAAUGUUUUGUUAAUGUGUGCAGCUUACUAUUUUUGUUAAUCGUACUUGUUUUCGAGGCAAAUCGGGAUAAUUAUACGAAUGUAACUCAUCUAACAAUUCAUUAUGAUUAAAAAAUUAUUUUUGCUCCUCUUAAUCGUUCAUGUGACAAUCGUAAGAAGUAAAGAGAGAGAGAAUAUCAAGAAAGAUGACGAUAAUACGAUAUAUGUCGAAGGGCCUAAUAAGAAAUUAGAAGUGCCAGAUAUUGCAUCAGCAAAUGACAAUGGUGGCUCAGGAGGAUAUAGAUUACCUAACAACGAUGAUGACGAGGAUGACGAUGAUUAUGAUGAUGAAGAACCCGCUAAUGAUGAUAUGGGUUCCUCUGAGGGCGAAACAAAACCAUGCUUCGACGCCAAUAGAGAUUAUAAGAACAGAAAUAAAAAGUCAACUUUUGCUUACAAAUGCGAUGAAAAAGGCUUUUUCGAAACGCAUCAAAUAAACGAAUUUGGGGAAUCUUAUUGUGCAAAUAAGAUGGGAGAUAAAGUAGAUUGUCCAGGAACCCAAAAGACGAAAACCGAUACAGAAAGAGUAGAUAUCUCAGUUGUUACCGCAACAUCAUCUGGAGAACCUAAACCACCCAGUUCUGCUUUAAGGUCGUCUUUCUUAGGUCAUCCGGGUUUAUUAGCCGCUAUAAUUGGUGGAGCAGUAGUUGGUUUAUUAUGCGCUGUCUUGUUGGUAAUGUUUCUCGUGUACCGUAUGAAGAAAAAAGACGAAGGAUCCUAUGCUUUGGAUGAACCUAGUAAGAGAGGAAGAUCUCCAGCCCAUAUGGGUUAUCAAAAGGCCCCAUCAAAAGAAUAUUACGCAUAG